CUUUGGCACACCUCCGCUGUUUAAUCCGGAGUGUCAGCACUGUCGCUGAUAUCAACCGCACGGUGACGUCCACCUGCCGCUAUGAGUCAAGACACAAGAGGAGGAAAUCCCCGAGGCUGUGAAACCGACGAGAGGCCCCUUUAAAUCGACGCUUCCUUUGUGCUGUGCCAAGAGAGGGAGAGAGAGAGGGCUGAUAAACAACAACACCGCUCUCAGAAGCCGCUUUUACCGGAAUCAGCGACACUGCGGCCUCGUCAAGGAAGAGGUGAGGUAGCGAGGACUUUCUCCCUGCUCUCUCCAGCAUUUUGUCGUCUGUUGUUCAUACAUUCAUUGUUCAAUGCCAUUGCGGAAGUGAGAGGCUUUUCCACACGACGCAAAGCUUGUGCAGUGCUGACACCUAGCGGCCGGACAGGAGAACCGCACCAUCAGUAGAGAUGUACGGAGCUUCAGGGAUCCCAGAGCUCAUCCCUCCGAACGGGCCUCCGCGGCAGCCCGGCCCGGGCGGGCAGUUCAACCCGGGACACCCGCAGGUCAACGGACACGGUGGGGGGGCCAACCCGCAGAGACUCGGACAGAGAGCUCCAAAGCUGGGCCAGAUUGGUCGCACCAAGAAAGUGGAUUUGGAGGACGAAGACUUGGAUGACAUCAUGAACAACAACGGCCAGUGUCCUGUAUCCCUGUCACCCAUCUCCUAAACUUCACCAAGAAGUGCCAAAAAAAGAAAAUCCCCUGGGACGCCAAAACUCCCUGUCACAGUCUGGGCCUUGAGCGUGUGACGUGUCCUAAACCAGCCUCUGCUGGCUCAUCAUGGCACGUGAAAGCAGCUCAUUUAGCGCCGGUUGAAGCCCUUAUUGUACAUAGUGUUUAUUUAACCACACUUUGGUCGGACUGUGAAUGAAAUGUAUUGCACCUGCCUUGACUCUAUACCUCGGUAGACAGCGGGACAUCAGGAAUGAGGACGAUUUGGAGAAGGUGGCUUUCUGAUUUUCAAAGCUUAAGAUAAGGGCUACAUUAAAAGUUGCACUAGGAGUGGUGGGGUUAGGAUGGGUGUUUUUGUGAAGAACACGAGCCUGUUAAUGUGUACUACACGGGUGAAACGUUAAGCUUUGGUUGUGCAAUGACUAUCACUCUCCUCUCACACUGAUGAUGCAAGUGGUGUCCUAUUAUCCAGUGGAUGAAGCUCGCUAUUUACAGAAAAACUACUGCUAAAUUAUUUAUUGUUUAAAUCAACUGAGAAGACUUUGUUGUGUUGUUAUGGCUUCUACGUGUUUUCAACUUCGGGAAUCUUAAACUGAGAUUUAUUUUCUUUACAAAUGGUGCACUUUUUUGUGGGAAUGCCUGUUAUGUGCAGUGAUAUGUUGCAGAAUUCUAUGCAUGGAGUCUGUUGAAGCAUCAAAACACGUAACUGGUAUCCUGUUAUUAAGGGCUAUGUAGUCGUAUUUCACGCCACGCCACCGUUAAGCUCUUGAGAUUAUGCAGUGGAUGUUUUUCUGAGCACAUUGUUGGCUUUUGCUGCAGAGUCUGCAAGAAAAUAUUAUAAACUAUCACAUAUAUGAGGGUUGUUUGUUUCCAGAAAGAAGAUAAGCUCAGAUGGUUUGAUUACUAUGAUAAUAGACACGCACAUGAAAUUACCAGUACUAUAUCAAAUUAAAACGGUUACAUGUUGACCAAAAGACACAGCACAAAAAAAAAUCAAUAUUAAGCUUUUACAUCAAUAAUCUGCCUGAACAACCCAACCCCUGUGAAGUCAUAUUUUUGUGGCAAGGUCAGGAUUCACUUUAAAAUUACAGUAUGACACAAUGGAAACGACAGCUGAUGAAACUUGCUGAGUCAGUCUUUACAACGCUGUUUUGGUUUUUUUAAGAUUGCAGUGGUUCUUUUGAAAUGACAUGUUGUCUGUGCAGGCUCAUGCUGAUGUCAUGUUACUGAAUUGGCUGUAAACUUGUUUUGGGGUCAUUUUUUUAAAUUUCUGUUGUGUCUUUGAAGCUUCUCAUUUUCACCUCUGACUCAAGGAUUGUUGUUCAGGUUGUGACGAAACAUUUGCAUGGAAAUGGUCGACUUUUCUCGAUGCAUCUCUGGAAAUAAAAGACGAAUCUUUGUCUUUUUUGUUCACUGAA